GUUCUCAUUCUGUGGGGGAAUCCCAGUGAGACUUUGGUCUUCUUGGCCUCGCUUUUCCUGUAUUCUUCCCCUUCUGAGCUGCAGUGGCUUUUGGGGCUGGGAGCUGCUGAACUAGACCUCUAACAGAGUUACUGAUGAUGUGCUGAGAAACCACAUGCCUCAUUGCACAGACCCUCUAGAUCCUACCCUGCCCUUUCCCUGCCCUGACACCCACCCUCAGAGGGGGUCAGACAAAUGGACCCUCCCUGUCUGAUUAUGAGCUUUGAAGCACAGGUAUCUAUGCUGCCCCCAGCUGCCUCUCAGCCCCCUUCGCCUGUGGGGUCCUUGCUGGUGUAGGGCUGAUGCCUGGCAUGCUCCAAGCCUGCAGUGGAAUAGGUGGCCAGGCUGGGCAGGACUAGUCCCAGCAAAUAGGACUUUCACCCCUGCCCUCCUGCAUCCCAGUGAGCUCCAAGGUCACUUCUCCUGUCCUGGGCUGCGUGGAUGGGGAGGGCCUGGAGACAUCAGCCCCAGGAGAAAGAGGGCCGGAGCAACAGUCACAGCAUCCCAGGUGCUGUGCUGCCCAUUCUGUUGUGAUUGUGUUCUGGGACAUUGGCUGCUGCUGGGACUCUGGAUCUGUCUUGCUCUAGGAAGUUGAUUCUACUGCAAAGGAGAAGCUGGCCCCAUUGCUGCCUAGUGACCGAUGAUAUGGCCCAGGCCCAAGGCUGGCUGUGGUAUUGGCUGGAGGCCACCCAAUCCACUAGGUAUUAGGCAACUUCCUGAGUUUUUGUGGUCAGGACUUUGCAGAGAACUUCCAUUUUCGAGAGCUGUAGUGAAACAUUAUUGUUCUCAGCUUUGAUCUCCCUAUCAACUUUCCCCCUCUUGAGCAGCAAUGGCCCCCGGAGGGAUCCCUGGGGUCACCAGGAACUGCUGGGCUGGGGCUCUAAUAGUGGUGAUAGCACUGAGAAUUCACAGAGCUCAUUGCACAGACCCUCCAGAGCAUUUCCUGCUGCAGCAGAAGUCUGAGUGUCACUACACCAACGGCACACAGCGGGUGAGGUAUCUGAAAAGACUGAUCUGGGGCCAGCAGGAGAUCUGUUACUAUGACAGUGACUUGGGCUUCUCGGUGGCCCGUACGGAGUUGGGUCAGCCGAUCGCGGAGUAUUGGAACAGGCUGGCGUGGCUGAGCUACUUGUGGGCGUCAGUGGAGAAGUUCUGCAGUUAUAACCGUAGGAGAUUUAAGAACAUUACUGUGGAUAGGCGAGUUAAGCCCAGAGUGAAAAUUUCCACCCUGAAAGCAGAGUCUUCCCACCGCCCCAGCUUGCUGGUUUGCUCCGCAACAGGGUUUUAUCCUUCCGAGAUAGUGACCAAGUGGUUCAAAAAUAGGCACGAGGAGACAGCUGGAGUUGUAUCCAGGGAGCUGCUACAUAAUGGAGACUGGACUUUCCAGAUCCAGGUGACACUAGAAAUGAAACCCAGGUGGGGAGAUGUCUACACCUGCCAAGUGGAGCACAUCAGCCUGCAAACACCCAUCACCAUGCAGUGGGUAGCACAGUCUGACUCUGCCAAGAACAAGAUGUUCAUUGGAACUGGGGGCUUCGUACUGGGGUUGAGCCUCAUGGUGAUGGGACUCCUCAUCUACCAGAAGAAUAAGAAAGGGUACCUGUGCUUGGACACUGGAGAAUCUCAAGCUGCUGGGAGUGACAGGGGCAGCUCUACAAACUUACUGCUCUGUGACUAAAUCCUUCCAAGUUCUGGCCAUCUCUAAAUCUUCCUUUAACUCUCUGCAUUCACUCAUGAGCCAUUACUCUCUCCCUUCCCCUCGCUAGCUGUUUCUCAUGAGCUCUUGCCCAGGUCAAUACUGUGCUGGCGGGGGGAGUCAUUGCUUUCCCUCAAUCCUAGCAGGUUCCCCUCCUGCCAGUUUUCCCUGCUGCUCUGCCCCAGAUUUAACUGCUCUGCAGUUAAAGAACCAAAGGGCUUGUAGAUCCGAGAUUGUCCACCAGGGGCUGAUUUCAUGCAAGCUGUUGACUUGGGGAAUCUCCAGUAGAAGAGGAGGGCAGGAUCCAGCUGUCAUAUGGAGCUGAGGAUGGAUGUCCAGCUACUCCAAGUGCAGCACAUACCCAGAUAGAAAAGAGGAGAAUAAAUAAUAAUGUUUCUAACUAAUGCUUUGCACUUAGAGAAAUUUUGUCUAAGGGUCUGAAAGGAUUUGAUAACUGUGAGUUAAUUAAAAGUACUAAUUAA